UGGGUGUGGAGAUUGCGAUUGAGUUGAGUGGCUUGCGUGGAUUACUUGUACACAAAAGGAGCGAAGAUAUGAGUUGUGGAAAUGGACGAAUCGAUCGAAACGCAGCCGACCUCGACCUCGACCGAUGCUCGGGCUUGACCUUUACCUCCGCGGUUCUCAUUACAUUUGCCUCGGUGGCAGCCUCGGGAUCAAUCGCAAACCCCAUCAUCAACCUCUCGCACGGACCAAGGGCUCGGAACCCACGUCAAUUGAACUCACACCAUGCUUACAAAUCAAUCCCACCACCCUCGGACACUUCCAUCCUGCCCUCUCCUUUGCUCUCUGCUGCGUACUACAUCGAUUUCGCUAAUCGCCUUUCGCGCAUGGUCCCUUCAUGCGCCAAGACCCGCAAUCUUCUCGUGCAUGAAUAUCAACAACCUUAAGCCGCUGACAUGAUGAUGUGCACAUCUUCCUUUCGCUUUCCCUGAUUACCGGUGCUGGGGCAAGCUUUGUGUUAGCGCUUCUUGCGUUCAUGUCGGGAUGAGCCUCAAGACCUUCUCGAUCACCUCUAUGUCAAAACCCCGUCCGGAUCAUGUCUAGAUGAUCGUGUUAUCAAUUGAUUGACCGUUGUUUUACCCCGAUCCGGGCGGCAUGGCUCUGGGUGUGCGUGUGCGCGUGGAGGUUGCUGCACAUGUGUGCGUGGUAUAGGUAAAUCACUCAUAUCCGAAAAGUUGAGGGUUGAGCUUGUUUGCGUUAGGCUCGGACUACGCACGACUGCGGCCAGCAAGAAGUCCGGCCGACGUCGACAGUACUGCCCCCAUAACCCAUCA